GCUAAAUUCGCCUUGAAACAAAGCGUGAACAGGAUCGUGCAAGCAGAGCCAUAUUCACUCUUCAAAUUCCCCGCUAUUAGCCAUUGCCUAUUUGUAUACAUAUGGUGUGUAUAUAAUUUACUGACAACAUGUUCGAACAAGAUGAAGAGGUUUACGGUGAGGAGGAGACCGAUGACCUGACCCCUGACCAAUGGCAGGAGGCAUGCUGGAUCGUCAUCAGCUCCUACUUCGAUGAGAAGGGUCUUGUCCGACAGCAACUGGACUCCUUUGAUGAGUUCAUCCAGAUGUCCGUGCAGAGGAUUGUUGAAGACUCUCCGGCUGUCGACCUGCAAGCCGAGGCUCAGCAUAUGACCACGGAACAAGAAGUGCCUACGAGAUACCUUCUCAAGUUUGAGCAGAUCUAUCUCUCCAAGCCAACUCACUGGGAGAAAGAUGGAUCCCCAAGUCCUAUGAUGCCUAAUGAAGCUCGUCUUAGAAAUCUCACGUACUCAGCUCCAUUGUAUGUUGAUAUCACAAAGACAGUGAUCAAAGAUGGAGAGGAUCCGCAAGAAACUAUUCAUCAGAAAACCUUCAUUGGAAAGAUUCCCAUCAUGCUUCGCUCAACGUACUGUCUCCUCAAUGGACUCACAGAUCGUGAUUUGACAGAAUUGAACGAGUGUCCCCUUGAUCCUGGAGGUUACUUCAUCAUUAAUGGCUCCGAGAAGGUUCUGAUUGCUCAGGAGAAGAUGUCUACUAACUCUGUGUAUGUGUUUGCCAAGAAAGACUCCAAGUAUGCGUUCACAGCAGAGUGUAGAUCAUGCUUAGAGCACUCCUCUCGUCCUACUAGCACACUCUGGGUUCACAUGAUGGCCAAGGGAGGACAGGGUGCAAGGAAGAGUGCUAUUGGUCAGAGGAUGAUAUCAGUAUUGCCGUACAUCAGACAAGAAGUCCCCAUCAUGGUGGUUUUCAGAGCUCUAGGAUUCGUGGCUGAUAGGGACAUCCUGGAACACAUCAUCUACGACUUUGAUGAUCCAGAAAUGAUGGAAAUGGUCAAACCUUCUCUGGACGAGGCGUUUGUCAUUCAAGAGCAGAGUGUGGCCCUCAACUUCAUCGGUGCUCGUGGAGCUCGGCCAGGCGUGACCAAGGAGAGACGUAUCAAGUACGCUAGGGAGAUCCUGCAGAAGGAAAUGUUACCUCACGUUGGUGUGAGCGACUUCUGUGAGACCAAGAAAGCCUACUUCCUUGGGUAUUGUGUACACAGAUUACUCUUGGCUAGUAUCGGUCGUCGUGAGGUGGAUGAUCGUGAUCACUAUGGUAACAAGAGAUUGGAUCUGGCUGGUCCUCUACUAGCUUUCCUCUUCAGAGCGCUCUUCAAGAACCUGCUGAAAGAAGUUCGCAUGUACGCUCAGAAGUUCAUUGACAAGGGCAAGGACUUCAACAUGGAGCUAGCCAUUAAGACGAGGAUCAUCACAGACGGUCUCAAGUAUUCCUUGGCUACUGGUAACUGGGGUGAUCAGAAGAAAGCUCAUCAAGCAAGGGCUGGUGUAUCACAGGUGUUGAACAGAUUGACGUUUGUAUCCACCCUCUCUCAUCUGCGGCGCCUCAACUCACCCGUUGGACGUGACGGAAAGUUAGCCCGCCCUCGUCAGCUGCACAACACACAGUGGGGCAUGGUUUGCCCUGCAGAGACUCCUGAGGGCCACGCUGUAGGCCUAGUGAAGAACCUUGCCUUGAUGGCCUAUAUCUCUGUGGGUUCACAACCCAGUCCCAUCCUAGAGUUCUUGGAGGAAUGGAGCAUGGAAAACCUGGAAGAGAUAGCGCCCUCUGCCAUCAACGAAGCGACGAAGAUCUUUGUGAAUGGUUGCUGGGUAGGCAUCCAUAGAGACCCUGAACAGCUGAUGAACACCCUGAAGAAACUCCGUAGACAGAUGGAUAUCAUUGUAUCAGAAGUUUCAAUGGUGAGAGACAUUAGGGAGAGAGAGAUCCGCAUCUUCACCGACGCUGGAAGGAUCUGUCGCCCUCUCUUGAUCGUAGAAAACCAGAAGCUAUUGCUCAAGAAACGCCAUGUUAGCAUGCUCAAAGAGAGAGAAUAUAACAAUUACAGUUGGCAGGACCUUGUAGCUAGCGGUGUGGUGGAGUACAUCGACACCAUGGAGGAGGAGACUGUAAUGCUGGCCAUGACACCUGAUGAUCUACAGGAGAAGGGCAUGGGAUACUGUUCAACCUACACUCACUGUGAGAUCCAUCCAUCCAUGAUCCUUGGUGUCUGUGCAUCUAUCAUUCCAUUCCCUGAUCACAAUCAGUCUCCUCGUAAUACCUACCAAUCCGCUAUGGGUAAGCAAGCCAUGGGUGUGUACAUCACCAACUACCACGUCCGCAUGGACACCCUGGCCCACGUGCUCUACUACCCUCAGAAGCCCCUCACCACCACCAGAUCCAUGGAGUACCUUCGCUUCAGGGAGCUGCCGGCCGGUAUCAACUCCGUGGUUGCCAUCGCCUCCUAUACGGGAUACAACCAGGAAGAUUCCGUCAUCCUCAAUGCAAGUGCUAUUGAUAGAGGCUUCUUCAGAUCUGUUUUCUACCGGUCCUACAAAGAUGCUGAAUCGAAGGCGGUUGAUAAGGAUGAGAUGUUUGAGAAACCAUCUAGAGAGACCUGUCAGGGAAUGCGCAAUGCGGUCUAUGACAAGCUGGAAGAAGAUGGAAUCAUCCCUCCCGGCUCCAGGGUAUCAGGUGAUGAUGUCAUCAUCGGCAAGACAUGCACACUACCAGAGAAUGAAGAUGAGCUUGAAGGCACAAGUCGACGCUUCACCAAGCGAGAUUGCAGUACAUUCAUGAGAUCUACUGAGACGGGUAUCAUCGACCAGGUCAUGGUCAGCAUCAAUCAAGAUGGAUACAAGUUCUGUAAGAUCAAGGUGAGGUCCGUGAGAACACCUCAGAUUGGAGACAAGUUUGCUAGUCGUCAUGGUCAGAAGGGAACCUGUGGAAUCAAAUACAGAGUUGAGGACAUGCCGUUCACCUGUGAGGGUAUCACACCGGACAUCAUCAUCAACCCUCACGCUAUCCCAUCCCGUAUGACCAUCGGUCAUUUAAUCGAGUGCCUCCAGGGCAAGGUGUCGUCCAGUAAGGGUGAGAUCGGAGAUGCAACACCCUUCAACGACUCGGUCAAUGUACAGAAGAUCUCCAAUCUACUUCAUGAGUACGGCUACCAUCAGAGAGGAAACGAGGUUCUCUUUUGUGGAUUCACUGGACGUAAGAUCGGCACACAGGUGUUCCUUGGUCCCACCUACUACCAACGAUUGAAGCAUAUGGUGGAUGAUAAGAUACACUCUAGGGCUAGGGGACCGGUACAGAUCCUCAACAGACAGCCUAUGGAAGGAAGAUCACGUGAUGGUGGUCUGCGCUUUGGUGAGAUGGAGCGUGAUUGUCAGAUCUCCCAUGGAGCUGCUCAGUUCCUCCGUGAGCGUCUCUUUGAGGUCUCCGAUCCCUACCGUGUCCAUGUAUGUAACUUCUGUGGUCUCAUAGCCAUUGCCAAUUUGAGGAACAACACCUUCGAGUGCAGAGGAUGCAAGAACAAAACACAGAUCUCUCAAGUUCGUUUGCCCUAUGCCUGCAAGCUUCUCUUCCAAGAGCUCAUGUCGAUGUGCAUCGCUCCUCGUAUGAUGGUUCUUCCUGCCUAGGCACUUCAGACCUUCUGGCUCUUAAGCAUCAGAAGCUCAUGUCGAGGGUUCUUCCUGCCUAGGCACUUCAGACCUUCUGGCUCUAAAGCAAAGAAGAAGCUCAUGUCAAUGUGUAUAGCUCCUCGUAUGAUGGUUCUUCCUGCCUAGGCACUUCAGACCUUCUGGCUCUAAAGCAAAGAAGAAGGUAUUAUUGGCAGAAGUGAUGGUACAUACUAGUGAGAACUCCCCAUCAUAAUGGACCGAGGAAUCGUAAUCUUGUAAUGAAAAUUGAUUUCUGCUCAUGUAUGAUAGAUGUUUGUAAUAAAUACUCUUUUUAAUUUUCUUCUACUGUCAAAUCUGUGUAAUGCCUCAAUCAUUUAUCAUUCUUAAAAUUUGGAUUUCAUGUCAGAAUAAAGCUUUGUGCACAUCCCAUUGCAUGUUAAUGUCUUUGAGGGGACUCAUUCUUUAGACCAUGCACAGUUAAGUGAAGUAUGGAUAGCACAAUUGUUGUGGUUUCACAGUGAAAUGAACGGGGGAAUUGAAUAUUUGCUUUGAAAUAUUGAAACUUGCAGAAAUUGUGAUGUUUGUACAUUGGUACUAUUCUUCACUGCUGGGCAAGUUGUUGAUGUUUUUGAGGAGAGUGGAAUCCCUUGAUGAAAUGUGAGGUGCACCUCGUGCAAUGAUCUGUCAAAGUGGGUUGUGCAGGUGCAUUUCGGAAUAAUGGUAGACAAUGCAGUGGAACCUUGUUAUAACAAGGUCCUUGGUACCAUGGAAAUAACCUUGUUAUAUCAGCGUAAAAAAACUGGGAGCAGGAAAAUCACUUUGUUUAUAACAGAUACUUUGUUUUAACGGAGCUCUUUAUAAUGAGGUUCCACUGUAAUUGGAAAGAGUAGUAAAACAUAAUGAAAACAACAAUUUGGUUCCAUUAUGUCACAAGCAAUAUAGGAUAAGAUUUUCAGUCAAUAUAUGCCCUGCCCAUGUCGUACAAUGUUGGAAUAUAUUUCAUCUUCGUAAGACAAUUUUUUUUUAAAUUUUAAGUGUGGCAAUUGUGUCUAUGAAUCUUUAUCCUGUCAUUAUGUCAUUGAUUUAAUGAUUGAAUUGACAUAGAAGUGAAUGCAUUUCUGUACCACAGGGGAAAAAGAGUUGGGAUGUAUCAUUUCUAGAAAUGAACCAAAUUAAUUUGUAAACAUUGAGUGAAGAAAUCUGAUUCAUGUUAGGAAUAUGUAGUGUUUGAAGCAUGGACAUGAUAUGUGAAGUAUAUUGUCUUACUUACUACACUUGUGUUUUUUUUAUUAAGGUGAUUAAAGAGUCAAAAUUAAUGUGUUCUUUCUUUCUCUCUAAGAGGAGAAAUGAAUCAGUCCUCUGAGUUUUCAUUCAUUUUCAAGAGAUUAUGAGGUUUCUACUCAUCUUUGAAAUGAUUUUCUUGAUUUGUCAUAGGUUUAGGGAUAGAGUAACCAAGAUGAUCUAUUAUGAUAGAGCUCCACACUAAAGAAAAGUUUCUUUGGGGUUUGUGAGUGAUGAUUGUGGCCCUUUGCUUCAGACCCCUUUGACAUUUUGAAAGUUAAUGAAUCCAUGUGUUCUCAUUCCCCUGGCUCAUAAAAGUGUCAAAAGGGGGAAUAGUGAACAUGUGCUGUAGAUACAGAAUUUAGAUCGAGUUUCAUUUCAUUUUGAGGCUUAUGAGAAUGUAAAUACACAUACCAGUACAUUUAAACUAAUGUGAAUUCUCCAUAAGUGGUAAGUUCUGAAUUAGAAUAACAUGGAUAUAAAGUCAAGGAGAUGCUAUGAUUCCUUGAACCACACAUAUAUUUAUUUUCUGAGAAUAGAAUAUCAAACAACUUCAUGAGAUAUUGGUUUUCACAAAUUCAGUUUUUAUAACCUGCUUAUGUCACAGUCUUAGGUCUUUACACAUGCAUAAAUGUAUGAUAUUUUCAUUAACUGUAAAUAAUGUUUGUGUGUUUCACCAAUUACAUGUAUUUGCUAUGAGAAAGUGAUGUCAAUUAAAGUAAUGCUUUGUAAGAAAUGCA